AUGAAAGGCCAGUUGAGGUUUGGCAAGAAAGGUAAACUAUCACCUCGUUACAUUAGGUCGUUUCAAAUUUCGGAAAGGCUUGGUCCAGUUGCUUACAGAGUUGCUUUACUGUUGGGAAUGGAACAAAUGCACAAUGUGUUUCACGUGUCAAUGUUGAGAAGCUAUCUCCGAGAUCCGUUCCACAUAAUUGACUAUCACCGAAUAGCCCUUGAUGAAAAUAUGAAGUACGGGGAAUGGCCAGAAUGGAUUAUCGAUCGACAAGUAAAGCAGCUGAGGAGCAAAUCCAUUCCAAUGGUGAAGAUGGAAUAG